CUCAAUCAGCAGCUAUAUAUCUCUAGCCACCUUCGAUGCUUCAAUUAAGAAAAAAGGUUUCCAUAUGCUUGAUUUGCAAGGUGAAGUUUCAUGAGUGUGGUUGAUGUGUAAUGUGGCCUAGCAAUCUAGCAUAGCAUGUCAUGGAAAGUUAAAAAUCUCACCAAACUCAUUGAAAGUAUCGCUUUCCUAUGGAAUCGUAAACCAUUCAACGAUCUACCCAUAAUAUCACUCAUUUGAGACAAAUCUUGAUAUCAUUGGAAAGAAUUUUUUUACUAAACUUGUCUCCGGUCUUCAUAUACUUGCAUUCUCUUUCGUUCUAUCAUAUACAACAUGAUCGAUGGAUUGAAGAUCAAGAACACAACUUUACAUUUCCAAUCCUCAUUCAUUCAUUGUCUUUUGUGUUCCGAGUUCUGUAUCCACAUCUUAGUCCUUGUGUUGCAGUCUGUGUUACAAGUCCAAGGUUACUUCAACAAUUGGCAAAUUAAAGAGAAAUGUGAAAGGCUCACGUCACUGGUAUGACUAUCUAGUAGAGAACUGCCACCAACCCACUGUAUAAUUGUCGAAUGAUGACCAGAAAGUUUCCCUUGUAGUAUGAUGGAUAUAAGAAUCUUGGAGGGUGUCUGCUGGAGGAAUGGAGGAUGAAUCGAGAAGGGGAAAGCUCCUUUUCGGUGCUGCUUCUACUGGGAUGAGUCGCCUGCAGGUGCCAUUUCCGCCGGCUGGAGCUUCUCGCGUCGGGGAAGAUUCCGUCUCGCAUAUGAUGGCAGCGUGGGGCUGGCGACUCCACCCAGGAAAAUGUGCGGCUGGAGCUUCUCUGCUGGAGGAGAAAUCGAGAAGGGGAAAGCUCGAACGCGGGGUUGGCGAGGCGUGGGGCUGGCGGAGGAAGACGAUGGGGCUGGUGGUGGUUUGGGUGGAGAAGGAAGUGGCGGCCGGCGGGUUUGUUGGAGGGAGAGGGAGAUGUCGGCUGGGCUGCGAGGAGUCGAGUGAGGUCGAGCGAGGAGUUCUUCUAGGUUAUGGGUGAAAGAGUUGGGUAAAAAACGGCGCCGUAGGAUCAAGGAGGAAAAAGAAAAAAAAAAUGUGACUGCGGUGAUUCGAACGCGGGCUCUCAUUGAUAGCUAGCGUGCGAUUUUCGCUGGGAAACGGGGGAAUAACCCGUCCCCUUACUUAUAGAAAACGACUAUUUAUUGUUUAUCCACAGCUUUCCCAUUUGUAACAAUUGAUUUUUUCCAACGAAAACGAGAUGGACAAGUGAACACGUUUUUUGUCAUUUGUUUCUUGUUUUUUAUUUUUUAAACAAAAAAUAGAAAACGAAAUGGGAAAUGAACAGGGCAUAAUGUG